CAGCAAGAAGGUUGGGAGGGGAAGAGAGAGAGGAGGAGAGAGAAUCUGUGGCAAAGGAGCAGGCGAGCAAGCAAGGAGACUGGGCAGCCUCCGCCUUCCAGGCUCAGGCAAGGGGCAGAUCUGCUUGAUCGGGGGAGAGCUCCAAUGCCUGGACCAACCCAAGCGCUGUCCCCCAAUGGAGAGAACAACAACGACAUCAUCCAGGAUAACGGGACGAUCAUCCCCUUCAGGAAGCACACAGUACGGGGGGAGCGUUCCUACAGUUGGGGAAUGGCGGUCAACGUGUAUUCUACCUCUAUAACUCAAGAGACUAUGAGCAGACAUGACAUCAUUGCAUGGGUUAAUGACAUAUUAGCUUUAAACUACACAAAAGUUGAACAACUCUGUUCAGGAGCAGCCUACUGCCAGUUCAUGGAUAUGUUGUUCCCAGGGUGCAUUAGCUUGAAGAAAGUAAAGUUUCAAGCAAAGCUGGAGCAUGAAUAUAUUCACAACUUCAAACUUUUGCAAGCAUCAUUUAAAAGAAUGAAUGUGGAUAAGGUAAUUCCAGUAGAGAAACUGGUUAAAGGACGUUUCCAAGACAACUUAGAUUUUAUCCAGUGGUUUAAGAAGUUCUUCGAUGCCAACUAUGAUGGGAAAGAGUAUGAUCCUGUGGAGGCUCGACAAGGCCAAGAUGCUCUUCCCCCUCCAGAUCCUGGUGAACAGAUCUUUAACUUGCCAAAAAAAUCUCACCAUGCAAACUCACCCACUGCAGGUGCUGCAAAAUCCAGUCCAGCUUCUAAACCAGGGUCCACACCUUCUCGUCCAUCAUCAGCAAAAAAAGCCACACCCAGCAGCUCAGUGUCCAAAUCAGAUAAAGAUUUGGAAACACAAGUCAUACAGCUUAGUGAACAGGUACAUACAUUAAAACUUGCACUUGAAGGCGUGGAGAAGGAAAGGGACUUCUACUUCGGAAAAUUAAGGGAGAUUGAACUUCUCUGCCAAGAACAUGGGCAGGAAAAUAACGACCUUGUCCAACGGCUAAUGGAAGUCCUUUAUGCUUCAGAAGAACAUGAGAGCCACACAGAAGAGCAUGAAGGUGAAGAGCAGGUUCAUGAACAGCCCCCACAGCAGGAAGAGUACUGACCCGUCCAACAUCUUUGACAUUUUUCAUUUUGUGUGGGAACUUUCUUCUGGAGAAUGGAACAUGUGUGGCCUCAAACUUGAAACCAGUCACUCCCAGUCUGCCAUUAACAUUUAUGUACCAUAGUGAGUGCCAGCCAGCCACUGCAUUCUGUACCCAAACUUUGCCAAGAUGCAUUUUGCAGAAGUCUCCUUUCAGUGUAUCUACCCAAGAGGUCGUAGGUCUACAUCACCUACUGUACAUCACUGCAACUUCACCACUUGGCUGCUUGAGAUUUGUUCUGCUUUUUAAAAAUAUAUAUAUUUAUUUUUUUUCUUUUGUCGUAAGUAUGACACAUUUGUAAUUUGUUCUAACGUAUUUAUGACAUCCCUUGUGGCGAGAAGUACUAUACCACUAGAUGUGCAUCUCACUUGGUUCUUUCAAGUACAUCUGCCUUGGAGCAAAAAUUUGGUCAGAUAAUUGGAAAAAAGGAGACAGUAGAAGUGAUAUUUAAGCUAUCAUGAUGAGGUGUAUUGUGGAGGAGGAAAGCUUAUGUUACUCGCAUUGUUCCCAUCCUGUAAUUAUAAAACAAAAGACAAGGCAACAUUUUCCUUAGUAAAGAUUUAAAAAAUCCUUGAGUGUUUUCUACACCAAAGCAUGUUAGAAAGCUGCACGAUGUGUUUCUAUUUCCGGAAGAUACAUGUCCACUUAACUGUUUGAAAGUCCUUUCAGUUUCCCUGCUUCUUCCUUCUUAAGGUCACCUAUUUAUUUUUCUCUUUCUCCUGCUUCAGCUCUGUAUCUACAGAGCUCACUGCUGAUUCAGGAGACAAAUCUCUUCCCCACCAAAACUGCAUCUGCAGAACAUCAUCUCUGGCCUUGCAUUCUGCCUCUCACCCUUACAAGUGAGGAUCACAUCGGUAGGAGUUCCUCUUUCCCAGUGUCCAUCCUCUCCUCAGCCAUCCAUAUACAGAACAUGAAAAUGUCAUGACUAGGGCUAGGCUUGUCCAAACAUUAGCAGCAAGCCUGCUAAAGAACCAGCCCUAGAAACCCUUAAGCAAUUCUCCCUUUAAACAUUAAAUGAUCUGAAUACUGACUGAAGACCAAUUUUUCCCUUAGAUGCUUCAGACUUGGUGCAUCAGUUAGAAGCCCUAAUGUGUAUAAAGAAUACAUUAGUAGGGAACCACCUGCAAAAGACUAUAAAACAGUUCAGUAGGCUGGCAUGCUGCAAAUCUGAACCCAACUCAGUCCCAAAGGUGUUCCUGCAGCAAGCCAUUGAUUACAGAGCAUUCUGUACUUUUCAUCUUACUGUUGUACAUUUUAGUUUGUUUCUUCAUCACCUUUCUUUUACUCUUGGGCUUCCUGGCUUCUGACACUUGAUUUCCAACCCCUUUCCCCCUUAAGUGUCAAUUUACCACUCUGUUUAUUUGAUUCAGCAGGCACAAGGAAGUUACAUCCCAAACUAAGGUCACUGAAAAACCGAAUUAAAUCUUUGGAGUGGUUUAUCCUUUUUCAAAUCUUUAUAGAGUUACUUUACUGAUUAAGCUCGACAUCUAAAUUGACAGUUGUAGCGAAUGUUUACUUUAAAACAGAUUUGGAAAAAAAAUCUUUUGCAGCAAAGUGGCUCUACUUUAAACAUGAGAGAUCUCACCUACAGGGUGUCACACCACAGCCUGUGCUAUCAAAUGUUGGAACAGGUUUUACUAUUUCCUCAGUUGUACCCUUAGCUUUGCAGCAGUUCAGUGGGUUUUAAAGUCUUCUGGCUCUGCCCUCAGCAUUACUCCCACACUUCCUAAGUGCUGUACCCUGAAAUCUAGCACUUCUUGUUACUAUUUUUGGUUUAAUUGAUUUGUUUGGUUUCAAUUAGAAUCUUCUACGUAAAGAAAUUUUAAAGGAGAAUUUUCUAAAAAGAUAUAUAAAUGUAUUCACAGACAGAAUUCAAUAGCCUUGUUUUAAAUUGUUUCCUUUUCCAAAUACCCUAUUAUGUUCUCUCCAGUUUCUGGUGGGUAAAGAAUUCAGGAUCUGACCAUACGCUGUUGUUCAUCAGUAGCAGAUCAUGGUCACUGAUACAGUCCCACCAUCUUUCUAUUUCUAAAGAAGCAGCUUUGGGGAGAGCACUGUAGGAAAAAAGUACUUUGCUUUCCAAAGCUUCAGAUUUUUUCCCCCCUCUCAAAUGGUUCUCAUCAAGGCAACCCUGCUCUACUUCUUUCAAUCAGAAGUACAACAAAAUCUGCCUUUUCUUCUCACCUUAUAGUAUCUAUGUAGUAUAGCACUUUCACUGCUUCAGAUCAUAAAUUGCAGGGGUGGUAAGUUAUCCUCCCAAGGAGUUGAGAUUCAGUUGGCUGAGGGGAGAGAUACUCUGGAAGGGGAAAGAGUUCACCUCCCUCCGUGGUGAGUAACCCCAUUAUUCCGUUAUGGUUUUAAUAUGCAUUUGUAAUUACUUUUACUAAAUAGCACACCAUAAAGCUUUGGUUAUAUAUUAAAUGUAAACUGAAAGGAAUGUAAACAUAUGUAUUGUUAAUUAUAAAUAGAUAAGUAAUGACAUAAUAGAUGCAAAAAGUCUUAUUCAGAUGUAUUGGUAUCAUUUUACAUUACCCACAAAUUGUCGCAUGGUAGAGUAGAUUUUUUUUGUCUCUGAAUAUGUGAAUAACUUGACUUGCGUUUAUCUUUUUACAUAUUUAAUAAAAAAAUAUAUGUUAAAAUCUG